CGAACUCGCAGCCUCGAGAAAGCAGUCUUCCUUCCUGGUAUACUGCAAAUAUCGAACAAACGAAUGGGGUUCUCGAAACUUGGCUUGGCCUUGGCAGCAAUAAGUGCCAUAUGCCUCUCCUUCACCAAUCCAUCCGUCGCCCAGAACUCCCCCGAGGACUACCUCCGCCCCCACAACGAUGCCCGAAGGGCCGUCGGCGCGCGCGUGCCCCCCAUGAGAUGGGACACCACCCUGGAGCGCUACGCUCUCAACUAUGCUAACCAGAGGGCCCGCGACUGCCGGCUGAUUCACUCCGGCGGCCGCUACGGCGAGAACCUCUACAUGAGCUCCCCUAGCAUCGCCACCGCGGCGCGUGCGGUGGGCGCAUGGGUGGACGAGCGGCGGUUCUACAACUACCGGAGCAACACCUGCGCACGGGGGAAGGUCUGCGGUCACUACACUCAGGUGGUGUGGCGUGAGUCGGUGCGGGUCGGCUGCGCACGCGUGCGGUGCAACAAUGGUAACUAUUUCAUCAUAUGCAGCUACAACCCCCCGGGCAACAUAUCCGGACGUCGCCCAUAUUUAAGCGAUGCAGAAGAAGCUUUGGAGGCCCAAGAAGCCGCGGAGGUUGCGGAAGGGGCUCACGCCUUAUCCUCUGAGUAGGGUGAUGGGAUAUGGCCUGCCAUGCCUUGGUUGCCCCUUGUUCGAGGCAUUGGCAAUUCGAGCAAGCUAUUGAUCCGGUUGGUCGUUCUAAUGUGAUGUUUGCUUGGUAUGCUGCAAAGCUGAUCUCAUCUUGAUGGGGCUGAACUUUGUUCCCCUCGUCGCUUGUUACAUUGUAAUAUGUUUUUUGUUCCCGUUUCCCAUGGUGGUUUACACCUGGAGUUGUAUCAAUCUACUUCAAUAGAUAAAUAAAAGGGGGAUCUGUGUUCUUAAA